AUUAUGACGUUUUUCGUUCGAGCCCGAAGGGCGUCGCGAGUGCACCUCACCACUCCAUCUUUUAACCCGGGAUCUUGGCAAGCUCUGGCAGGCCCUUGUAGAGGCCCAUCGUACCCAGGCCAUCCAGGAGUAUCACCUCCCUGCUACUGGGCCUCGCGUGGACGCUGAGGGUUUCAAGUGGCUCCUGAAGGUCCCCGUGAACCUUAUUCAGAAAGUCAUGUCGUUUAGUACUGAGCUCGAGCUACAGCAAGCUCGAGGUGGCGCACAUGAUGUUGAACUCCUCCCUUGUCCUGAAUGUGGUCGUCUGUGCCAGGGUCCCAAAGAUCUUGGCAAUCAUCGUUCUCGCGUGCACCGUGUCGUAGUGAAGCCCGCGGAAUUCUCUUUGGAUGCGGUUCUAGCAAAGCAGUGCCCUAGAUGUCCAAGGAAGUUCGCACGGAAAUUUAGUCUAGUGAAACAUGUUCGACUGGGGCGGUGCCGCGCGCCCCGCCCUGAUGUAGUGCCGGCCGCCGGGGCUCAGGACUCGCCUGUACCUCCGCCUCCAGGCUUGCCUCCACCUUCAGAGCGCCAGGGAGAUGUCGAUGUUCGCGCCGAUCGAAGAGAUGACCAAAGAGGCCAAGCGUCCAGCAGAGGAGGGAAAAGACAAGGGGGCCGAGGAGGCGGCCGCCGACAGCCAGGGCGGGGCCGCGGAGACACGUCGCCUCACGCUCCUCAUGGCCAAGUUGCUCUUGCAACACGAGGACAAUAACUGCGGGGGCGCGAGGGGCGACAACUUCACGGUCACACUGCUGAAGGACAGCCCGUUGCAGCGCGCUCUCGCAGCCGGCGUGGACCGCUACCAGGCCGCGAACUACAAGGCGCGGGAGGACGCGGGCGAGGGCGAGUUCAAGGGGAACCCGCUGGGCAAGCGCCCCGACGCGUACGCCAAGCAGCUCAUAUUCCGCCUCCACGAGGCUGUGAAGACAGCUGGCGCGAAGGUGGCCGCCGCGGCGAAGCAGGGCACGAUGGCAGAGGAGACUCAGCAGGCCCUCGAAACCCUCUCGAAGUACGGGGCACUGGUCCAGGACCCGGUCUUCCGCUUCAUUGCGACCCGAUGCUUCAGCGUCGAGCUGACCAGGACGACGAGGACGACGAUGGCAAGUAGAGCGUGCGCUGGGUGUUCGCCGCGAACCACCGCGUGGACCUCAAGGCAGCGCUGAUGACGUUGCGCCUCAGCGGGUGCUUGCAGGCCUGUCACGUCAACUUGGGUUUCGACCGUGCUCCCCGCUGCAAAACAGCGAAGGCGAUCGAGCGAGUCGCUUUCAAGAAAGGCACGGCGCAGCCCCAGGGGAAGAAGAAAACCAAAAAACAGUAGGGCCGGCCGGCGUCGUAACGGCAGGCGGCGUCGUAACGGCAGGCGGCGUCGUAACGGCAGGCGGUGUCGUAACGGCGGGCGGCGUCGUAAUGCAGGCGUGCUCCGCCCCUCUUCUCUUCCUCGGGGUUCCUCCCAACUCCCCCUAUCUGAUUUCUUUCGGCUCGCCAGCCCUGCUCAGCCUCAAACGACCUACAGUUUUGGGUCGAUGGGUACAGGCGAGGGCACGAGUUAGGGCUCUUGUUGUAGGUCUGAACUUUCAUGCGUAGGUAGCCCCUCCCACUCUCCUAGGGGGGGGGGGGCGGGGGGCUGUCCCUACAGCGCUGCUCCCACAGAGGUGGGGGCACGUAGGGGUGGCACGUUGGUGAUGGGGAUGGGGCGGGUCCGCCUUCUUCGUCCCCGGCUGUCCCCGUACGUGCUUUCUCUUAGCCCCCCGACGGGAUCUUAAGUGCUUCCGUCGCGCCGGGUUCGGUUGACUUUUUGGCGAGGCCCGCCACGAGACGCCCUGGUGCUGAGACUUGCGG